UGUUAAGCACAUAUAAAUGGUGCUCAUAGAGCUGUGCGGUUCACAGGGAGCAGUCAGCAUGCUUACAUUGCUGGUUCUGGUUCUGAUGCCCGUGGUGUGGGCUCAGCCAUACCCCAUACCACCAACCUGUUACAUGAAAGUAUUGAGCAUGGGCAAAGAGAUCACUCAAAGAGCAACGGACAUUAAAAGAGACCACGACACUUAUAGUUGCACAGCUCACCUACCUGACAUGUACAUUGAUGUACAUAAUGCUUGUGUGAUGUCCACUAUGAACUCGUAUCUGUCUAUGCUGGGUGGCCUGAGAGAACGGCGAUGUGCAUACACCAGGAAAGUGCAGGCACUCGCUGCUAUGAUCCGACAACUCUACAUCAUCAUAUCACAAAAAUGUCAUGGGGAGUUGGUUUUCACCCGUGAUAACUGUGCAGCAUUAGAGCACAGAGGAUGGAGAGGCUGAACUCAUGUCAUACAUCACUGAAGGGAGUUUGAACAAAAAUCAUAUAAAGCCUUCACUCAUAAUAGAAACAGUUGCUAUUCAUAAUCUAUAGGUGGGCGCUGAUAUGUGCUCUAUGAUUAUAUGGCACUAUUUUUAUUAUUUCCGCAUUUAGAGUUGUGUGUUGAUCAAAUAUAACAAAUAAUCAAGCACUCUAUAUUGCCUUUUUUUCUAUAUUCUGUACAAGCGUAGAUGAUAAUGAACAUGAAUGUUUUAUUUUCCAACAAUAUUAUGCUGAUUAUACUGUUACUAUUGUUCAUUUUAGUAAUUAAAUAAAACUUAGAAAAUCUGUCAUGCACACUUGACCUUACAUAUGUAUAUUCCUUAUAUACAUUCACACUAAGAGGAACAAUUUAGUUUUUAAAUAGUUUCAGAUGAAGUAUAGCAUGUUACACUGCAGGUCACUGCUUGACAUGUCAUGUCAACUGUCUAUAAUGCUUUCCUUGAUGUUAUGCUACAUCUUUAUUCUUUGUAUUUUUUGUAUUUUUUAUCUUUACUGUUUUUAUUAAUUAGUCAGAAGUUUCAAAAUAAUUAAUGUAUGUAUAACAUGUUUAGGAUGUAUAAUAUUGACCUAAAAAUAAUAAAUACUGUAAAUGUAACAUUAAUGGUACCAUAUAUAACCACUAAGUGGAGUUUGUGUGCAACAGAUAUUCUUCAAAAUUAAACUCUUUUCCAGAGUUUAGAUCUGUACCUUCUUGUUUUCUGUGCGUCUUUAGCAGAUUAUAUAAAC